ACGCUGAUUGGUUGAGGGCGGGAACGACUGCUACUUCGGUUAAAAAGACGCCGGUUUGGGAGCUCCCGCAUAAAAUGCAGUAAGAGUGAUUGAAGAGCGCGAGGACAGACAAACUGAGAAACAGAAGGAAACCGCGGGAACAUCAGCGGGAUCAGCCGGUCCGGCGGCUUUCAGGGAUUAUUUCGGACGAUGGGUCUGCACACGGAGCCCGCUGAGGCGAGGCUUACCGCCGGGUACCGUGAAACAGCUGCCCCGGAGCGGAGCGGGCUGGUGGGGGCCUCUGCCGGCAGCCCCGCUCCGCAGAAACCGGAGCGGUGUAAGACCGCCUCGGGCCACAUCAAACGGCCCAUGAACGCCUUCAUGGUGUGGUCCAAAAUCGAGCGGAGGAAGAUCAUGGAGCAGUCUCCGGACAUGCACAACGCCGAGAUCUCCAAGCGGCUCGGGAAACGUUGGAAAAUGUUAACCGACACCGAGAAGGUUCCGUUCAUCCGGGAGGCGGAGCGCCUCCGGCUGCAGCACAUGGCCGACUACCCUGAUUACAAGUACCGACCCAAGAAGAAGCCCCGGACUGAGGGGAGGUCGGCUGGUCAGUACCAGGAGCGAAACGACACACCGUCUUACAAGACCCCUGCGGCGGCCAAGAAGUUCCCCCGAGCCGGCAAGUCGGUGGGCGGGGCCGCCAAAGCGGGCAAUCUCCUCCCGCAAGACCAGGAGCAGAACUCCCGGCACCAGCAGAAACCACAGGAGCGAGAUAACCCGCACCAGCAACUGAACUCCCGGUACCAGCUCAAACACGAGCAGACGGACGCCCAAUACCAGCAACUGAACCCCCGCUACCAGCCCACCGCCCGGCAACCGGAUCACCGGUUCCGGUACGUGCCGAGCACUAUUACACCCAGCAAACCGGUUAAACGGGACUAUACGGACAGAGAGGAGGAGGAGGAGGACGACAACGACGACUCAUCAUCAUCAUCAUCAUCAUCAUCCUCUGAGGAGGAGGAGGAAGAAGAAGAGCUGCCCUGCUACAGUAUCACCAAGCUGCCCCCCAGGGGUUCCGCUGUGAGACCUAGCACGCUCCAGUCCUCUGGAAGCCUCUACUUCAGCUUCACCCGGCAGAGCACGCCGGUCCACCCUGCCUCCCUUUCCCCAGCUUCCCCCUCCCGCUCCGUCUGCACCUCCGCUUCCUCCUGCUGCGGGGAGGACCUGGAUGACCUCCCCGUGGAGCCGCUGGAUUUCACCUCCAACUUCCUGGGCGGCCUGCAGUCCUGCUCGGACCCGUGGAACUCGUCGUCUAGCUCGGCCUCGGGGAGCCUGAGCCUGUCGCUGGUGGAUAAAGACCUGGACACCAGCGGAUGCACGGAGGGGGGCAGCCUCGGGUCCCACUUCGAGUUCCCGGACUACUGCACGCCGGAGCUGAGCGAAAUGAUUGCCGGGGACUGGCUGAAGGCCGACUUCACGGACCUGGUGUUCACCUGCUAGUCUGACCCUUCACCCCCGCUUCGAGCUCCGGUCAGGGACCGGGGUCUUGCGGCUGCUGGUGCACGGGCUCCGAGCGCUGUGGCCGGCUGCGUUCUGGCGUGGACUUGCUCGUGCAGAGAUGAACCGAUAGGGUUUUAUGGACUCGUUCCUGCCGCUCGGGUAGAACCCGGGCGACACUGACUGAUUUUUAUUUUUUCCUGUUCAGGUGUGGAUAUUUGUGAUAUUACCGAACCGAGCAUACCUCAUCUUUUUAAGGAAACCAGAUUAAAUAUUUUCAAGCCUAUUUUUGUACAGUCAAAGGGAAUGUCAGGCUCUUCCACUGCUCUCCUAUGUGAGGGUUCAAAGCCCCCUGGCCUACCUUGCUUUACUGCCUUGUUUUAAUGGGUAGCCACAUUCAGGCCUCGCUGUACCUACCGGUGUGUAAAAAGGUUGUAGGGAAACAGGAAGUUUGUUGCUUUUUCAUGCUGUUGUUUGCAAAUUAUUUUUGGUGCAAUAUGAAGGAAAAAAGGGGAAAAUCCAAAAACCAGUGAUUCUGUGCGUUAUGAUGGAGUGUGUAUGUGAAGCUGAAUAAAUCAGCUGCAAACUGA